AUGGUUGAGGUCCUCCCCUUGGCCCUCGAGGAAAACUCCCUGGGCUUGUACAUAGUAGCAUUUGUCAUCUGCAGUUUCUCCAAUAUGCCCGCUGCGCUACGGGAGGCGCGUCGCGUGCUCAAGCUAGGUGGUGUAUUCGCCAGCCUUAAGUCUUCCAAGGUCUACAAGUACCCUCUAUUCAACGCUGUGUACAAGCAACGGCCCUUCGGCGCCAUCCCUCUGAUCCGCCAGCUCGUUGCUGUCAGGGACAUGAUUGUUGAUGCCGGAUUUGUUGUCGCUGGAAAAGGUUACGAGAACCUGACUGGUGGUGUGGCUGCUAUUCACAAGGGUAUGAAGCCCCUGUAA